AUGUCGCCACUUCAGCUAGGGUUUGGUGUACCUGGAGGAUCUGAAAUUUCGGCCCAUCUUGCUCGCAUUACCCUCUCAAAUAAUAUUCCUGACAAUGUCGUUUUAAAACUUGAUUUCAAAAAUGCUUUCAAUACAAUCAAACGUCAAUAUUUCGUUCCCUUGUUUUGCCACAAAUAUCCUCAAUAUUCAUACAUUCUCAACAGUUACUCUAGCCCUACUUUUUUAAAGUGCAAUAACAACAUAAUAAAAUCUCUGGAGGGAAUCCAACAAGCAGACCCCUUAGGCCCAGCUUUUUUUUGCAUCGGGAUACACAAGAUAAUCCUAGAUAUUCAAUCUAUAUCUAACCUCACUCUAAAUUCCUGGUACCUCGAUGACGGUAUAGUCUCAGGCAACUUUUCCACAGUCAUGUCCAUUCCCUCCAUCAUCGAAAAUCUCUCUUAUAUAACAGGACUAUCUCUCAACUUCCCCAAAUGUGAGAUUUGCUUCUUAAACCCUACAACAUCCAUCCCUUCAGAAACCACAUUCCUCGCCAUCAACAGAGAAGAGAUGACACAUCUUGGAUCACCGAUAGGGGGUGAAAAAGCAAUCGAUACUUUUUUAAACAAAUCUCUCGACAAUUUAUCUAAUUUAAACUCACUUUUUAAUUACCUACCCGCUCAUCAACCCUUUUUUUUAAUCAAAAACUAUUUUAAUAUACCCAAAAUCCUCUAUGCCCUGAGAUCCUCACCGAUCUUCAAAUGCAGCCAUUUGCUAGUUUCCCACGAAACCCAAAUUAAGGAUCUCCUAGAAAACAUAUUAAACCUUAAAUUCUCCAAUUCAUCUUGGCUCCAGGCCACCCUUCCAUGCAAGUCUGGUGGUAUUGGUAUCCGAUCCCCAUUACAACUUUCCCUCUCAGCUUUUAUCUCAUCUAGUCUUGCUGCUCAAUCUAUUAUCGACAAUGGAUAUACUCCUUCAGAUACUGACUUCUCACAGGCCCUCACCUCUUGGGACAACAACUGCUCUCCCACCCGUCCCGCUUCCAGUACCCAAAAAGACUGGGAUGCUCCUCUGAUCGCCCGUUACGUUGAAUAUUUUAUUUCGAACAGGCCCUUUGAGGAAAAUCCCAAUAAUUUGGUACUAAAUGCAAACUCUGGCUACGAAUGGUUGGAAGCCAUCCCCAGCGCCAAUCUUGGUCUCCUCAUGACUGGCGAACAGCUACGUAUAUCUAUAGCCCUCCGCCUCGGCUGUAAUGUCGUAGUUCCCUCCAUCUGCAUCGAUUGUGGUCAGCCCAUUGAAUCGAAGGCUUACCAUCUCUUGCCCUGCAAGUUCUCCCGUGGACGACAACCUCGUCAUAAAUCUAUCAAUAACAUUUUACUAGCCACCCUCAAAAAAGUUAAUAUCCCAUCUACCCUCGAACCAGUGGGUCUUUCAAACGAAUACGCCUUACGCCCGGAUGGUAUUUCUCUCAUACCCUGGUCUAAUGGUCUUCCGCUAACAUGGGAUUACACUUGCGUUGAUUUUGCUGCCAAGUCUAACCUCUCAUUUUCUGCUAUCGAAAAGGCAGAAAUCCUUAAAAAAAUAAAUACGCUUGCCUCGCCAACACUAUGUUCAUUCCUAUCGUUAUCAAUACCCUAG